AGUACAUGUCUUUGUCUAUCAUCUCAUAUCUCUCGGCCUGUGUGCACCUAAAUUGUGAACGUUCAUUCGUAAGCUAGGUUGUAGCAACCUCGUGAUGGGUAUAGGGACAAUUUGAGUAUCAUGUGGUAGCCUAAACCUAUUGAUGGUAGAUUGAACUGGGUGACUGUUAAUUAUAUUCCAGUCAUCCAAUAUGCUGUAAUAGAAAUAAGGCUAUGUGGACUCAUCUUUGAAAGAGACCUUGGUCUCAGCACGACUUCCUCUUAAAAUAAAGCUUAAAUUAAAAAUGUGUGCCGGGGUAGCUGAACCAAGUGCAACGAAACAUACCCCUGACAAUUAAGUUCGGGGCCAUGAUCCGGCGUGCUGCUGCGCCGUCGUCUCGGUCUCCUAAUCCACCACGUCUCCUAUUGGCUACAUUUAGAACGACAGUUCUCUCCAGCUGACCAAGGAAAUGGUGAUGGAGAAGCCAAGUGCCCAGCUCGUCGGGCGGGAGUUUGUCCGACAGUACUACACACUACUCAACCAGGCACCUGACUACCUGCACAGGUUUUAUGGGAAGAACUCUUCCUAUGUACAUGGAGGUCUGGACAACAAUGGCAAACCAGUUGAAGCGGUCUACGGACAGUCGGAGAUCCAUAAAAAGGUGUUGGCGCUGAACUUUCGUGACUGCCACACCAAGAUCAGACACGUGGACGCCCAUGCGACCUUGAACGAGGGCGUGGUGGUGCAAGUGAUGGGGGAGCUGUCCAACGACAUGCAGCCCAUGCGCAAAUUCAUGCAGACGUUCGUGCUGGCCCCUGAGGGCACUGUAGCAAACAAGUUCUACGUUCACAACGAUGUAUUCCGUUACCAAGACGAAGUGUUUGGGGAUUCUGACUCAGAACCCCCUGAAGAGUCUGACGAGGAUGUGGAGGAGAUGGAGGAGAGGGUACCGUCACCAGAGGUGAACCAGGAAGAGGCUGCGGGCUUCUACGAACAGACACCAUGCACCGAGCCAGAGGGGCUAGUGGAGGAGGAGGUGGCUGUAACCCCAGAGCCUGAACCUGAGGCGGAGCCAGAUCCAGACGUGGUGGAUGGAAAACCGGUCCUGGAGCCAGAGACCCAGCAGCAACACCACACUACAGAGGAGCAGGCAGAGAAGUGUCCUGUCUCCUCACCCCUGCCCUCUGCCACUGCUGACCCUGCCCCUGCACCCGCUGCUGAAGAUAACCGGCCUUUCUCCUGGGCGUCUGUCACCAGUAAGAACCUUCCCCCUAGCGGCGCUGUCCCCGUCUCUGGCAUCCCCCCCCACGUCGUCAAAGUCCCCUCGGCAACGCCCAGGGUGGAGGUGAAAACCGAAGCCGCAGCACAGAGAACACAACCGAGAGGAGACCAGAGACCACGGGAACCAAGGCCCGGCCCCCCACCAGUCAGAGGACCCCGACCAGGAGUGCGGGAAGGAGAGCAGGGAGAGUCGUCAGAGGUUCGCCGUGUGGUGAGGUAUCCAGACGCUCACCAGCUCUUCGUCGGAAACGUCCCCCAUGAUGUGGACAAGGCAGAGCUCAAGGACUUUUUCCAACAGUAUGGUUCUGUGCUUGAGCUACGGAUCAACAGCGGAGGGAAGCUUCCCAACUUUGGCUUCGUGGUGUUUGACGAUUUUGAACCUGUACAGAAAAUCCUAAGCAACCGGCCCAUUAAGUUCAGAGGAGACAUCCGACUGAACGUGGAGGAAAAAAAGACGCGCUCCGCCCGGGAAGGGGACCGGCGAGACAUCCGCCCCAGAGGUCCAGGUGGCCCCGGAGGGCCCCGAGAGAGGAUAGGAGGGCCCAGAGGCCCCCCCACCAGGGGUGGCAUGACACAGAAACCCAGCUUUGGCUCUGGACGAGGUACUGGACCCAGUGAAGGAGGUCGCUACAUGGGACCUCGUCAGUGAACAUCACUCUGUUGGUCUAAUGUACCAUGCCAGCUACAACUGCUGAUGUCAGUCGCCCCGACUCGAGUAUUGUACAAAGAUGGCUUCUCCAUCCCUCCCUCCAUCCCGUUCUCUUUUUGUUUUCUACCCUGGGAUUCUGGAAUGUGAUCCAUCUCUCCUUUCUCCCGACAUUGACAUGAUCUGGGCAUUUCUCCUCGUCUUUUACGUCCCGAACUUGAAUUUGUGGAAAGAAAGUAAAGAGUCUAAACUAACUAGUUGAAUUGGAACAGCCCAGUUUGGUUUUAGCGUUCUCUCCCUGUUUCUUAAAGGAACGUGUAAGUACUGCCUGGGCAGUCCUGUGUAUCGCUACCACUGUCUUUUCAGGUCAAAUGCAAGUAUGGUUUUAUUUUAAAUUGCCAAAUUGAAUCAUGGUUGUGAAUGGUUAUUAUCGAGCAUGUAACAAGUCCUGUCUGCCUUUUCACUGAUGCACUUCAUCAUGACAAUACCAAUCAGCUGAUGAGAGAACUGAAUAAACAUUAUUUACUGUUUUAAA